GACACAGAAGCCAGGCUGGAGGAUCAGGGACAGGCCACCAUCAAGGCCUGCCAUGACGCAGAUCAGCUCAGACACAUAAUCCAAUACUACCAGGGGUGCCAGGCAGGCAAUGCCAGCGGGCAACUCACCCUGGAUUUCCUGUGCCAGUCCGGACCGCAGUCAGUGACAGCGUCGGAUAACUCUGGCAGCUGCUCUGAGGAGCGCACACUCUUUGCCGAGCGAAUGGGUGCCCUCAACUUAAGCUGGCUCCUCCUAGAAGGGAAGCUGGGCAGUCAAGUGUGCCAGGCUGAGGAGCUGUUCCGCAUCUGCGCAGAAAGAGAGAAGCGACUGCGACGGGUGCUCAGCUGGGCUGUGGGGCAGAGAGAGAGGCUGAGGGAGUGGCAGAGACCUGUCAGUCAGACACAGGUGGACAAGGCCCUGCAGGAGUGGGAGGCUGUGGAGGAGAAACUGAAAGACGUGUGUGUGGAGGUCGAGGAUCUGGUCCGCGACACCUGGUCUGCAGACACAGUCACCCAGGUCUGCACAGACUUCAACCAACAGGUUGGGAGCCUGAGGCCUGUUCUCCAGCGGUUGCUAGUUCAGUGGGGCCAAUUUGAGAAGGAGCUGGGUGAUGUUUCAUUCUACACCACUAAGCUGCGCUGUGGUCUGGAACACAGCAGUGGUCCCUUCCUCUCCUCCCACCAGGUCAAAAGGCAUGUGAAGCAUCUACAGUGCCUCCAGGAGGAGGCUGGGAUGGGGGCGGAGAUGUGGACUGCUCUGGACCAGUCGUACGCAGGCCUGUCGGACGCUAUCAGUCCUGGAGCGGCCCAACUCCUUAUUGAGAGACUUGAGGAGGAGAGAACACAGUGGAAGGCGCUAGUGCAGGAAGUGGAUGAGGAGCUGCUGAGAACUGGGGAUCUGCUGUCGUUCUGGGGGGAGUACAACCGUCUGUACGACCAAUGCUCCGUCCGCCUGCAACACCACCAGGAACAGUGGGGGGCGCUGCUCAGCUUCCUGUCGACACCAUGCCACUCCACACAGGACCUGGUCGAUGCCAUCAAGCAUCAGCAGGUUGGCUUUGAGGAUGUUCAAGGCAGUCUGGGCAAAGUCCUGGAAGCCUCCAAGCCUCUGAUUGGACAGGCGGAGCCAAUUGUCGCCGCCAUCGUCCAAUCAAAGUCCAUGUUGUUGUCACGUGACCUCGUGCUACUGGGCCAGGCGUUGUCAGGGAAGCGUGCACGGCUUCAGGAGGAUUUGGAUCAACGCCACACAAUUAGCAGUAGUAUGGAUUCACUGGAGCUGCAGACCGAGGCUUUGCGUCACAUGCUCACUUCUGAUGUCUGCAGCAUGGACAGUGUGAAGACUGCUCUGAUGGCACUGAGCCAUCUGCGUCCUGCCCUGGAUGACCUCACUGAGGCACGCCUUUCUGUGACCCUGGAUGGCCUGGAAGCAGAUAGACUGAAGUCCCUGACCAGGAAGUGGGCGCAGGCCCUCUACUGCGCCUCCCAUAUGAACAGAACAUUGCAAGCUGAGGCCCAGCACUCCCAGAGCCUUCAACAGAAGUGGGACAGCUGGGAGUGCUUCCAGGAGAAGAUGGAGGAGGACUUGGCCCCAGACGUUUCUGGAAACUACUCUGGCCUCCAUGAGCAACUGGCAAUCCAUCAGAGACUCCGGAUUGAAGUAUUGGCUGGGCACCAACUCUUGAGAGGGGUUAUCGUCAUCUCAAUGAGGUCAAUUGAAGACACACCAGAGGAGAAAAGCAGGCCUGACCUCACCCUAAAGCUUGCCCAGAUGAGAGAGCGAUGGCAGCGGAUUGUUAGUGUGGCACAGCAGCGAAGUAGCCUGGUGCAGGAACGGCUGGGCCAGUGGCGGUUCUACACCCGGGGUGUGAGGAGGCUAGGGGGGCUGCUGAGAGAUGUGGAGACCUUACUUCCUUCUGCUGCUCAGGCCCUCUGCACUCUGCAGCAGCUACCAUGUUCCCUGGGGCGUGCUGAAGAGACUCUCGCCCAACACAACGGCUUCUACAGACACACACUAGAGACAGGCAGGCUGCUGUCCUCCAUGGCAGAGCUACAGACACAGGCCCAGCUACAGACAGAGUUACAGACCUUGCAGGAGUCCUGGGACCACGCCACGGAGCUACUGAGAGAAAGGAGAAUCCUACUGGAAACUAAUGUUCAGAAUUGGGGCCACUUUCAGGUCAAACUAGUCGACAGCGCACACAAACUGGAUGAGCUCAGGGACAGGCUGAAGCAACCGCUGCCAGAGAAGCUGGAGGAGCUACAGGGUGAAGAGAAGCUCACAGAGGAAAACGAGGCCUCUCUGGAGUUGUGGGCUGGUGGAGUGAAGGAGUUGUCCUCCAUGAAGACGGAUCUGUCCCAGUACAUCUUGGCCGGGGAUGCUACCCUACUACAAGGACAGGUGGAGCAGCUGCACUGCCAGUGGGAGGAACUCUGUCUAAAGGUAUCCCUACGCAGGCAGGAGAUCGCCGACCGGCUCAGUGCCUGGACCAUCUUCAAUGACAAGAACAAGGAGCUGUGCGACUGGCUGACCCAGAUGGAGAACAAGGUGUCGCACAGCGGAGACCUCAGCCUCGAGGAGAUGGUGGAGAAACUGAAGAAGGACUGUAUGGAGGAGAUCAACCUGUUCAGUGAGAACAAAAGCCACCUCAAGCAGCUGGGGGAGCAGCUGAUGCUGGCCAGUGACCAGGCCAAGCAGGCCCAGCUCCACGGCACCUUGAGGGACGCCAGGGACCGUUGGCAGCACCUCUUCCACCACAUAGAGGCCAGGCUGAGGAAGCUGAAGGAGACCCUGGGUAUGGUGCAGCAGCUGGACAAGAACAUGAGCAACCUGCGAUCAUGGCUGUCCCGCAUCGAGACCCAGCUGGCCAGGCCCGUCACCUACAACGUGUGUCACCAUGAGGAGAUCCAGAGACGGCUCGCCCAACAGCAGGAGCUACAGAGGGACAUCGAGCAGCACACGGAGGGCGUGGCGUCCGUCUUGAGGCUGUGCGACAUCCUGCUGCACGACCAGGAUGCGUGUGGUGGAGGCGACGGCGAGAAUGACUCCAUCCAGCAGACCACCUGCAGCCUAGACCAGCGCUGGAGGGCCAUCUGUGCCAUGUCCCUGGAGAGGAGGCUCAGGAUCGAGGAGACCUGGAGGCUGUGGUGUAAGUUCCUGGAUGACUACUCGUGCUUUGAGGACUGGCUCAAGGUGGCCGAACGCACGGCAGCCAACCCCAACUCUGACAACGUUCCGUACACAGUCGCCAAGGAGGAGCUCAAGAAGUUUGAGGGCUUCCAGAGGCAGGUGCAGGAGCGUGUGACCCAGCUGGAGCUGGUCAACAACCAGUACCGCAGGCUGGCCCGGGAGAACCGCACAGACGGCGCCAGCCGCAUCAAGGUUAUGGUCCAUGAGGGCAACUGCCGCUGGGAUGCACUGCACAGGAGGACAGCGGCCAUCUUACGCAGGCUAAAGCAUUUUACGGGUCAGAGAGAGGAGUUUGAGGGGACCAGGGAGAGCCUGCUGGUGUGGCUGACGGAGAUGGACCUGCAGCUCACCAACGUGGAGCACUUUUCAGAGACAGACACGCAGCACAAGAUGAAGCAGCUCAACUCCUUCCAGAGGGAGAUCACCCUCAACACGGAGCGCAUCGACGGGCUGAUUGUGUUCGGUGAGGGCCUGAUCCAGAGGAGCUCUCCGCUGGACGCCGCUCUCAUCGAGGACGAGCUAGAGGAGCUACACUCCUACUGUCAGGAGGUGUUUGGCAGGGUGGUCCGCUUCCACCAGCGCCUCACGCAGCCACCGGUGUUGAAGGAGGAACCGGAGCUCUUCAGUGGGGACAAGCCCCUGGAGGGGAGCUGCGAGCUGAUUGGCCAUUCCUGGCUGGGGCGGAGCCAGAGUCAGGGGAGUGCCCCUGCCACACCCACCCACCUGUUGGCCCCUCCCCUGGAGUGUUCGGGCCGGGAGACACCCGUGAGCAUGUGCGACUCCAUCCCUCUGGAAUGGGACCACACGGGAGACGUAGGAGGAUCUUCGUCCCAUGAGGAGGAGGAGGAGGAGGUUGAGAAGAAAGACGGGACCUACUACAGUACUCUGUCAGAGGUGGAGGUUACAGAGAGUCCAGAGGACUUUGUGAAAGCCACGGCUCUCUCACUGGGAGCUGAUCCCUCUGUUCCACUCAGAGCCAUGGCCAUACCCGAAUCUCCAAGUUGGCGCUCACCAGGCGACCCGGACAGGAAGUACCUCCACCUGGACUCUCCUGACGGCCUAGACCCCUCACCUACACACACUAGCACUCCCUUCAAACAAGGCUACGUGCGUCUGAUGUCAGAGUGCAGUGGUAGCAUCAAAAGUGUCAAAAGGGUCUCCCUGAUCCUGGAUGAUGAGGAGCAGCCCGAGGAACAGGGCCUCACUGGCCUGACGACCGCUGACAAACAAUCAGGGGUGAUCGAGCGUUGGGAGCUGCUGCAGGCUCAGGCCAGGAGCAACCUGCUGUCUGGCCUGCGGGAGCCUUGCCAGUUGACCUCUGACCUGCGUGACAUCACUUCCUGGCUGGGGUGGGUAACGCCGGAGCUGGAGAGAGUGCAGGUUCGCGAGACCCCCACCAGCAUCCAAGACAUGGAGGCUAGGGUCAAACAACUCAAGGAGAUGCAGAAGGUAUUUGCUCACUACAAGGCCGUCAUGCUGUCGCUUAACCUGGGCGGUCGUGAGUUGGGGGGGUGUGACGGUCCGGAGGCUCGGGAGCUAGGGGAGGGCCUGGCUAGUAUGAACCAGGGCUGGAUGCUGGCCUGCACUGGCCUGGAGGAGUGGCAGGACAGUCUGCGUACCACUGUCAUGCGCUGUCAGGAGUUCCACGAGACGCUGCACUCCCUGCUUCUGUGGCUGGCCCAUGCCGAGAGCAGGCGCUACGCCGUCGACAUCCACCACCCGGACACGCCGCCAGGCACGCUGUUGGAGCACCGCAACACACUCACUGGCCUGCAGAAUGAGUUGCGGGCGAGACAGAGCCAGGUGGGCUCGCUCCAGGGGCUGUGGAGCCAGCUGCAGCCAGCGGAGGAGGGGGGGGGGGAGGAGAGCGUAGAAGCUCGGGAGAAGCUCCACGUGACAGCCAACAAACUGUGGACGCUGCUCCGCCAGGUGGCCCACGACCUCAGCGUCGUGCAGGAGCGCCUGGACUGUGGGACUCUAUCUGCAGGUCCGGCUGCGGCUCGAGCUGCAGUUGAAAGUGAGGGCAGAGGGCAGGCGGAGGGAAGCCAGUCCCCGUCUAAUGCCAGUCAAGAGGAGGGCACCAAUACCACACCAACCUCAGCUGGCAGAAGGGGGGAGAAGAGGGACCCAACCCCACCUCGCUCCUUCUUCUACCGCGUGCUGCGAGCCGCCUUCCCCCUACACCUCCUCCUCCUCCUGGUCCUAGUGCUGGCCUGCCUGGUGCCCCUGGCUGAGAAUGACCACAGCUGCACACUGUCCAACAACUUUGCCCGCUCCUUCUACCCCAUGUUGCGCUACACCAAUGGCCCACCACCCACCUGAUACAAACACUGACAUGCGUGGCCUGCUUCCAAAGCUAACCCAUCGAUACUCUCUGCUUAAGAGCUGGAGAGAGGACAUUGUUACGGUCACAAMAUUUUAUUUUAAAUUUCUAUAUUUAUAGAUUUGAAUUUAUUAUUAAUUUAUUCCCUUAAAAAAAGCCAUACCGAUGUUCAAUUUCUAUAAAACAAUUGAUGUGAUCCACCCAUUUGGAACUCUUGCCGCUAACGUCACUCGCAAGUACUGUAUUUCAAAGGAGACUUGUUUUUGUGAGGUUGUGUUCUGCUUGUAAAGAUUUCUAUCGUAAUGAUUUGCCCUUCAAGCCAUGUAUUGAAGUAGCAGUCUGUUGUAGGACCUAUCCAGUCCACAACAGCUUUAUAUUGAUGUUCUUUCAGAAUUAUGUCAUCUGCACUCAUUCAAAAAUGCCUUCUGUAAGCGUCUACUAUUCAAAUGGUCAAAUUUUGCGACCCUUUGACUUGGCUGUGCGAGUGAAAUGUUUAAUUGGUCGCACUGGUGCGAGCUGCACGUUCUACCUGGUCGCCUCAUUCAAAACGUUCCAUUUUUUGAGGCGGAUAAAACCAAUGAAUUUGUUAAAGUGCAUUAUCCUCAUGAUUCUUGUAAUAAAUGUGUUUGCCCUGCCGCUGUGCCUGCCUCGCUGGGACCGGCUGCAUUAAUGAGCGAGUCUCUCACACUCUUUCUCCCCCCUCGUGAUUGUAUAACAUUUCAAAAACAACACUUUGGAAGUAACUAGUCUCAGCUUUCUGUAGGUAUAAUUUUUUUCUCAACGAUCAUUAUUGAGCUCAAAGCACACUGUUUUAUAAUUAUCUGAUAUGGCUUUGGAAUACUGAGAGCGUGAAAUUUUGCAUCAGCCAUUGCAAGUGCAGUAAACCUCAUUGCAGUUUUUUGGGGGAUAUUACAUUUACUGUUAGAUUAACACAUGGCUACUAGCAAUAGGUGAUGUAUUUGGAGUUAGUGAUCUAGCUAAUGUGUUUUGGCGUUUCCACUUCCUCCGGUGGUGAAAUAGCACCAAUUAAACUAGGCCUAUAUAUAAUAUUAGUGCACAUACCRAUAAAGCCAAAUUCAUCUCUAUUUAACAAAACAAAAAAAAUCGGGAAAUUCUGGAGCCCUAUUUUGGCAGUAAAAUACAACAAAAAUAGCCUAAUUGUCAACCCACUGGAUUAGGUUGCGUACCAAAAUAUGUUUAAUCAUGCAAUCCUGCUUGGACAUGUUAGAAGUAAUAACUUGUUUUAUUGAAAACAAUUUCAGUAGUCCCUUACACUUCUUAAUAAUGCAUUGUGAAYGACUAUAAGAUGACUGAAAUGUAUUUUAUUGUGUGACCCUGCAAAUUGUAUUGGGGGGGUGUUAUCAGUGAAACACCUAGGAAACAUUUUAGUUUGGAGACCUGGAUCAGUGUGUAUGAAUUAUGUGCACUGUAUUAUUUCCAAAUAAUAUAAUUUUGAUGUUCUUCACCUCUGAACAUGCACACGCAUUCGUGGUAGUUAAAUCAUAUCAGAAAGUGUAUAUUGAGGUAGCCAACAUGAAUGGGCGCCAUUUUGACACCAGAUUAUUUUUAAUUUUUUUAUGGAAGACAUGUUCUGUACGUCUUUGUUAUUGUCCUCUCCUAUACUGCGGUCCCUUGAAAUAUGGAGCCACUUUUCCACACAUCGAUACUGUGUAACCAAUCAAGAGCACAUCUGUCAAACUGAAUAUUUUGUAAGGGGAAGAAUUUGAAGAGCGGAAGAGUAUUCUUUUCACGAUUAAUGAGACAUUGUCCAGGACACUUAUAAAUUGGUGCAGAAAUAAAUAAUAGCAGUUUCCAUUUAAAUUUCUAAAAGUAGAAAGUUUUUAAAAUGAAUUCAGUAAUUGUUGCGAAAAGACAUUUCCAUGGCUGCAUAUACAGUUGAGUASGACACUUAAGCUCUAAAGAGAAUGGUGUGCUAAAACAAAUUCUUAUUUAGGCUCUCAAACAAUGAACUGUAUACGUAUGCCCCUUUUCUCUGGCAAUAAACAUUGUUUGUCUUACUGAACAAAAACUCCAAGGGCGUAUUCUGUGGAGACUGUUGAAGAUGGUAAUUGUCUAGCUUGAUGCUAAGGAUGCACACACACACCAUCUCUGAAUUUAUUUCCUAGAUCACUUUAGAACAAUACACAAAAGCUACUGAUCCCCUGGUGCUACACACUAAAUAGAAAUAUCAAUAACAGGAUUGAAUGGAGACUGUUUAAAGGAAUACACUACACAAAAACUAUAUUUUUGUAUUUUGUUCAUUUGUCACAUGCAAAAUACUGACACACACAAUUAAACAAAAUGCUAAAUAUA